GGCAACUUGAGAAACUGGCCCGACUUAACCCCUCAUUCAUCCUGCCUUGAAACAUGUUGUUCAAAUUUAUUCAAUAAUCGCGCCAAAAUCCCAACCAAAAGCUGCGCAAAUAUUCAUACACGCUUACGCUCGCAGUAUUCCGACGGCAAUCGUCGAGCCGAGUCUACAAGCUGCGCCUCUCGGAUCUUCGCAUUGAACUUGCAAAUAUCCGAAUCUAUAAAUAUUUCUGCGAAUACCUCAAUUUUCAUGCAAUUGUGAGUACCGGGACUCCCUCGUUUCGGACCCAACGGACUUUACGGACCGCUGUCCGCCUAUCGACGUCGACACCAUGCCCCCGCAGAAAGAAAAGAGUAGUCUAAAAAGGGGAAGAGCGAGCGGCGGUAACCAUGAGCAGGAUGUUAAAAAGCCCCGGCGUUCAGAGCGACUAUCGUCCCAAUUGGCACAAUCGCAAGCAGCUCGAGCAAACAAAGCCUACCUUCCUCCGCUUAUCCAGCAAGAUUCCACAGCGACAGAGAUUCAUAAAGAAGCCACUGUCACACCUCCAGAGGGCCGUCCAAGCCAGCUUCGCCAUCAUACACCGGGGCCAGAAAGCCUGACCCAAUUGUCAUCUCCUCCAGGUGACACCCAGGCCUUCUCUCAGAACCCUUCCCGGGUGUAUGUGAGCGGGGUGGAAGAGGAAGCCGCAGAAGGUGUAUGGGGCUAUCUAAUCCCGCUGGACAACAAGUUCGGAGAUACACUUGUGCUGAAAAAAAGAGACACCUGCUUUUCUUCUCCAAUUGGCGGUGUAACAAAUAACCGUAAUGGUGCUUCAAGAUCAAAGCGUAGCAAAGGGAAAGGAAUGCCCACUCCCCUACAAUUGAACCCCAGUGGUUACUUAAUAGGUCGUCACUCCGAAUGCGAUUUGAUUCUAGAUAUACCGACUAUCUCUAACCGGCAUUGUUUGAUAUUCCAUGAAAAUAGGGAGGGCGAUUCAGUUGCCAUUCUAGAGGACCUAUCUAGCAAUGGUACUUUUGUCAACGAAGCCAUUGUUGGCCGCAACAAUCGGCGCGAGCUUGAAGACGGGGACGAAGUUACUGUGCUGGACGAAGCUCGAUUUAUCUUUCGCUAUCCCCGUAACCGAGACGCCGGUGGAUUCCGACAACAAUAUCGCAUCUUAGAGCAGCUCGGAAAGGGUCAUUUUGCGACAGUAUACCUCUGCGCUGAAAGAGCGACUGGUAUCAAAUAUGCUGUCAAAAGGUUUGAAAAGCGGCCGGGAGAUUCUCAUAGAUCUGAUAACGACACCCUUCAACAAGAAAUUGCGAUGUUGAAAAGUGUCAACCAUACAAAUGUGCUUUGUCUUAAAGACACCUUUGAUGAGAGUGACGGAGUCUAUCUAGUCCUCGAGCUUGCUCCGGAAGGAGAGCUGUUUAACUGGAUUGUUUCUCACCAAAAGCUGAAGGAAGAUGAAACGCGCCAUGUAUUCCGUCAGCUGUUCCAGGGGCUAAAGUAUCUGCACGAUCGCAACAUCGUUCAUCGUGAUAUAAAGCCUGAAAACAUACUACUUAUGGAUAAGCAUCUAACAGCCAAGUUGGCGGACUUCGGGCUUGCCAAAAUAAUAGGCGAGGAUUCGUUUACCACCACCUUAUGCGGUACACCGAGCUACGUUGCACCAGAGAUCCUUGAAAACAGUAGACGACGACGAUACACGCGAGCUGUUGACAUCUGGUCAUUAGGGGUCGUUCUUUAUAUCUGUCUCUGCGGCUUUCCGCCAUUUUCUGACGAACUCUAUUCGGCUGAACACCCAUAUACCCUAGCAGAGCAGAUAAAGUUGGGUAAUUUUGACUAUCCGUCGCCAUAUUGGGACUCUGUUGGGGAUCUGGCGCUCGAUUUGAUCGAUAGAAUGCUCACGGUGGAUGUUGAUCAACGGGCUUCCAUCGACGAGUGUCUGCAGCACCCUUGGUUAACUGGAAAGUAUCCUAGUGUCGCAGAUAGCACGGACGGGUUAACCGGAGCAAUGGGUCAGUUAGACUUCUCGAAGCGCAAGGUUGAACGAGAAAGGACCCUUUUAAGCGAUAUCAACGAUGUCCCUGUCAGUCAGGUUUAUGAUGAUAGCCGACAAGAGGGUUAUGGUCAGGUGAAAAUUUUCGACAAAAAUACGGCGGGAAAACGGGUUCAUAAUCAACCCGCAAAGGGCUUGAAGUAUCGACAAGAACCGAAACCGGACGUAAAUCGAGAUCCCGUGGAGUUUAUGCAUAUGGGUGGACGUGGUGACCAGACGCUUUUUGCCCAUGACCCGGACAGCCGAUACGAAUCAGACGAAGUUCCCAGGAGGAAACGAUAGCGAAGUUGCUCCAAGCUAGCAGUUUUUUUCUGCUUUGCGUCUCGCUUCUAUUAAUCGGAAAAGGCUUAUUCUUAGAUUUCCAUAUCUGCAUCCGAUGGCUCAACACGCCGAGCUUCUAAUUCCCAAUUGACAUUUUAAUUAUGGCACCCCCCUCC